AUGGGGAUCCGAUGUACGGUGAAGUUUGACGAAGUUAGGGUAGGUAAGGACAAUGGGAGCAGAAGUGCGGCAAUGUUAGGCGGGUUACGAGAACCUAGGGAUUAUUUGUCACGACAACCCCGCCUAACGGAGAACUACGGCGAAGUUAGGGGAAAGAAACCGAGGGAGAGUGGAGUAGGGGAAGUUAGGCGAGUAGCUACAACCUUCGAGUUAAGGAGAGCUACCAUCGAGCAGUUCGACGUACCACGGCGAAGUUGGCCACAGUUCAUCAACGAUCAUCUUAUCAUUUACCACUCGACGUAUUACUACGGCAAAGUUAGCCUUAGCCGAGGUUUGUCGACUGUCGUACGUCAUAGUUACCUCCCUUUCGACGUCUGCACCCUCCUGGUUGGGUGA